GUAUUACUAUUUUGCAUAACAUUUUAACAUCUAUUUUUUCUUGCAGAAUCUAGGAAAGGGCUUAGCACUGGUGUGAAAGUUGCUCUAGCUGCCAUGUUUGGCUUACUGGGAGUAGUACUAACUUCAGCGCUUAUAAUAUACUUCCUCAAAAGGAGAUGUUUCUGGAGAAGGGGAAAUGAAAGGCUAGAAAAAAUUGAAGCAUUCAUAAGGACUAAUGGAUUUCAUGCUACCAAGCUAUAUACUUAUUUGGAUAUAAAGAAAAUGACCAAUUCUUUCAAUAAUAAAAUAGGAGAAGGAGGUUUUGGUAGUGUAUAUAGAGGAAAGUUACCUGAUGGAUGCCCAGUAGCUGUGAAGCUAUUGACCAACACAAAGGGUAAUGGAGAAGAUUUCAUCAAUGAAGUUGGUAGCAUUAGUCGAACUUCCCACGUGAACAUAGUUACUCUUGUAGGGUUUUGUUAUCAUAAGAAAAGAGCGUUGGUCUAUGAAUUCAUGCCUAAUGGAUCAUUAGACAAGUACAUAGGCAACAAGGGGUCCCAAAAUAAGAGUUGUCCGUUGGAGUGGAAGACAUUGUACCAGAUUGCAAUUGGCAUUGCUCGAGGACUAGAAUAUCUGCACAGAGGGUGUAACACAAGAAUCAUGCACUUUGACAUUAAACCUGAUAACAUUCUUUUGGACAAGGAUUUCACACCCAAAAUCUCUGAUUUCGGCCUGGCAAAACUGUGCAAGAAAGAGCAGGGCAUUGUAUCGCUAUCUGCGUGUGGUGUUAGAGGAACAAUAGGAUACAUUGCUCCAGAAGUUAUCUUCGGAAGCAUUGGAAACGUCUCACACAAGUCUGAUGUUUAUAGUUAUGGCAUGACAGUUAUCGACAUGGUGGGAGUAAGGGAGAAUGUAAACGCAGCUCAAACGAGUGACUUAUAUUUCCCGAAUUGGAUAUAUGAGCAUCUGGAGCAAGGAUUAGAUUUCAAUCUUGAAGGCAUCAUAGAUGAGGAGGAUAAAGAAAUGGCAAUGAAGAUGAUCUUGGUUAGUUUGUGGUGCAUCUAAACAAAUCCAGCAGACCGCCCUUCUAUAAGAAGAGUGGUGGAGAUGUUGGAGGGAAGCAUUGGCUCCUUGCAGAUUCCACCCAAACCAGUUUUCUGUCCUCCAACCGAGUUCCCUCAGCUGUUCUCUACAUCAUCAUCAGUUACCACAGAAAUUUGAUGCAAGAA